AAGUAUCAGUGCGCAUGUGCACCGAAAAGUUAUUUUCUUGAAAGGUAAACUACCAGUUUCAUUAAAUAAUAUUUAAAAAAAAAAAAAAAAAAAAACUCAAUCUUCUGAGUUCGAUUACCAGCAAUGAUUAAUCACAACAAUACAGAAAGGAGCAGUCUAAAGAAGCCUGGCAUUACAAAAAUUACAUAAAAAGUCCGCCGGAGCAGUGGGGAAGUCCCAAAAGGAAAUCCCCCCCCUGCAGUUCUGGAAUAUUAUUAAUUUCGCAAUGUGAUCUGCAUGUAUGUUUGAUUGCAUUGAUUUGCCGCUGGUAGAUGUUAGUUACCAUUUGUGUACAGGUACUGUAGUUUACAGUAGGUGUUUUAUAAUUUAUAGAGGUGAAUUUCUGUCCCAACACAUUUGGCAUGCAAGCGGAAUAGCUUGUUAAAGUACUACAAUGUCUUCCCACACCAGCUUCAGCAGCACAGAACCACUGACCCACGGAUACAAUAAAAAAGAAGAGAUGGUGGAAGGAAUCAAGAUGGAAAACGCAAUGCUUAAAACCAAACUACAGAGCUAUACAACUUUGAGCACUUUUUAUCAGGAAGCAAGACUGGAACUGGCCAAAUUGAACCAUCACGUCCGCGUACAAGACAAUAUAAUCGGGGACCUAAAGGCGAGGCUAGCAAGAUACGAAAAUGCCGCUGUUCAUGUGGGAGAAGAAGGGCCUCUGGUUUUCGGACCUUCAAAGUCCUUAUUCGAGAAUCUCUGUAAGGAAAUCGGCAAACUUAAACAGCAACAGAAGGAAACUGAAAUAAAUUCUGAGCAGCAACUGGAAACAAUGAAACUAGAGCUUCAGAAACUACGAAAGGACUUGAGAGAAAAAGAUGAAGAAAUCCAGAGAAUGAUAAUUAGACCUCCACAUGAGAAAGACCUGGAGAUUUUGCGUCUCCGGGGGGUUCUGGCAGAGAAGGAAAGGGUCCAGACAACCAGGGAGGUGCUGUGUCAUUCCCUCACUGAUGAGGCAGAGCAGCUCCGGGCCCAGCUGGCUGCCACAGUGGAAGUAUGUCAGCAGCUGUCACAAAGACUGGAGAGUAAACAGAAGAAACAUCCUGAAUCUGGAGAUGAACAGAUUCAUAGAGAACAAUCUAGCAAGCUUCAGUGUGCAGACUCUAAUGAGACUGCUCAUCUUAAGGCUAUAGUAUGCCAGCUACAGGAAGAAAAUAAAGCUUUACAGCAGAAAGUGGCUCAUGUAGAAAGCUUGAAUGCCAAGUGGCAGAAGUAUGAUGCUAGCAGGGAAGAGUAUGUGAAAGGACUGUGUCAGAAUCUGAAAGUGAAUCCAAAGCAAGGCUUUGGCUCGGUGCAGACCAACAUGGACAUGAUGCAGCAGGAGAUCCUGAGGCUUAACCAACUGCUGGAAGACAAGAUGAAGGAAUGCAACAGGUUCAGCAGUGAAACCAGGAAAACGGACAGAGAACGCAUCCAAAUGCUUGAACAGCAGGUUCUCAUUUAUAAAGAUGAUUUUAAGUCUGAGCGAGCUGAUAGAGAGAGGGCACAAAGCAAAAUACAAGAUCUUCAGGAAGAUAUAGUCCGUUUAGAGCUGCAGCUGCGAAGACAGGAUGCAGGAGAUCAAGCUGCCCCCUACAGAAUACACAUUGGCAGUAGGAACCUUAUGCACAUAGAGACAGGUGCUGCUGAAGUGUUGCUGGGCAAUAGCCCUGAUCAAUCAGGAGCAAACAGAUCAAGCUCCCAGUCGACUCCAGCAACAAAGGAUUCUCCAGCAACAAACAGGAGUUCAAGAUCAGAGCACAGAGCACAGACUGACUUACAGUGUCCACGCUGUUUUGUAGUUUAUAACGAGGAACAGACGACUGCAUUUCUGAAACAUUGCACAGAAUGUGCGGAACUGUAAAACAAAGAAACAAGAAAACUAUCCAAGGAGACGAUAUGUAACCAUUGAAGUAACAGCACUACUUUGUAUGGUUUCAAAUACCUGCUACAAUGCUGUUGUCAGAAAUAGCUACAGUCUUGCUGCUUUUACAGCAUCCUUAACUGUUGUGUAGUGCCCUACUUCUCUGUGUCUUCACUACUACAAAAUACACCCAAUAUAUUCCAAAUGUCAGUUUAUACAGGUGUUUACUGGAGUUGAGACUGUUGGUUAGAGUGACAGAUAGUGGGUUACAUGACCCAAAGCUGCAGGCUACAAUGUGACAAUUGACUGCUAGAGUAUUGCCCUGUUUUGUGAAUAAUAGCACAUGCUAUUUUUGGUCAUGUGACACUAUGUUGGUAAAAUGAAGCAAAAUAAUUUUCUUCUGAUUUUAAAAUAGUGUUUUUUUUUUCUGUUUCGUCUGUUUAUGCAUUUCUGAACUUUAUAUAUCUUUCUUAUCGACUCACAAACUGUCGCAACUGUGUGCUCCAAAAGGCCAGUUGUACUUGUGAGAUUUUAUUGUGAGAAGCAACAGAAACAGAUAUUCUCAGAGCACAUGUCUAAUAAAGCUGUAGCCAGUUACAGAAUCUCUUUUUCAAGUAAGAUGUUAGUGGGGGUUUUAUCAUUGUGCUGUCCAUAAUAAUAAAUGUUUACUUAUUGCACUUUUUUGUUGUUUAUGUACAGUAAGUCUAAAAGAACAGUAAGCUUGGGAUAAGUGCUGGUGUAAUACCUUGGUGCUUGUUUUGUGUACAUAUUGUAAAUGGUAAUAUAUUUAAUUUAAUAGUAAUAGCUUCUUUUCUUAGAAUACAUAAUUCAGUGUUAAGGGAAAUUUAAUAAUAACAAUAAUUUGUUGUUUUUUAGCUGAAAUGUUAUGUAAGACUUACACAGACAAUGUCCACUCUGCUACAUGGACAAUAUAGGGGGAAACCAGGCUCUAUACACAAGUCACUCUACUCAAGAGUGACACACAUUUUUGUGUAGUCCACAGCAGUGCCCAAAAGCAACACCUAUAAUUUUAGGAUUGAGACAUUAAUUAAUUAAAAAAAAAAACAAUAUGAACACAAUUUAGAUAUGUUAUUUAACAUCUGGAAAAUUAUAGUGCAAAAGUACCAUAAGCCAUAGUAGUAGUCCUGUAUUUCAUGUUUGAUUUUUUUUUCAAUUUGUCAGUUUUUCGUUAAGUAUAUGGAAAACUACAAAGCG